AUGGCCUCCCAAACCCCCCUCUUCACAAUCCCCAUCCCCAAACUCGACUCCCACCAAGGCGGCGCCAUAGUCUGCACAACCCCAGCACCCCAAGUCUACCUCCUAACCUGGUCCUCGCCCCCCGACAACCGCCUCACAACCCCCUUCUGCAAAGCCCUCCUCGCCGCCCUCGACAUCAUCGAGUUCGCCCACCCGCCCGGCGUCCUCGUCACGACCUCCGCCAUCGCGAAAUUCUACUCCAACGGCCUCGACCUCGAACACGCCUUCGCGACCCCGCGCUUCUUCCCCGACACCCUGUACGCCCUCUUCAAACGCCUGCUGACCUACCCGAUGCCCACCGUCGCCCUCAUACCCGGCCACGCCUUCGCGGGCGGCUUCAUGACGGCCAUGCACCACGACUACCGCGUCAUGAACCCGCAAAAGGGCUUCCUCUGCAUGAACGAGCUCGAGUUCGGCGCGCCGUUGAAGCCCCCCAUGUCCGCCAUCUUCCGUAUCAAAUGCGCAUCCCCCAAGAUCUACCAGGACAUCGUCCUCGAGGCGAAGCGCUUUCCCGGCCCCGCGGCCCUCGAGGCCGGCCUCGUCGAUGCGCUCGGCGGGCUGGACGAGGCGCUGAAGCUGAUUGCGGAGCGGAAGUUGACGGAGAGGGGCAAGAGCGGGGUGUAUGCCGUGCUCAAGAUGGAGAUGUGGAAGGAGAGCGCGUACGUGCUCAGCAAAGAGAACUAUGAGAGCGAGGAGAAGAUCUGGGAUCAGAGGGAGGAGCUGGAGAAGGAGAGAGUUGCGGCGGGGAAGAGGUUUGUGCAGGAGUGGAAGGCUGGCAAGGCCAAGUUGUAG